AUGGUUAUCUGUGAUAAAUGUAAUCGUCGCUUUCGGUCUGCCGUAACAUUGGACCAACACAAGAAAGAAUUACAUAGUGAAACUAUUACGUGUUAUUACCACGAUAUUGCAGGUCGACGGCAAACCAUCAUCAUAGAUCGAUAUGCUAAUGGGUUUAUGUGUCCCUUUUGCAUCAGUGUGAUUGCAACAAAAUCCAAAAUGGAAAGACACAUCCAACAAACGAAAUCCAAAUGUAUGAUCAAUCGACGUUAUGGUGAUAUUUCUUUCAACAUAACUGAUCAUCAUCGUCAUCAAGAACAAGAAGUUGCUUUACCACCCAUACUAGCUUCCACCUCGACUCGGAUAUCAUCUUUGAAUAUUCGUUGUAUUCAGUUUCUGCCUCUCGUUAGGAUAUGUGGUCUCAAACAUCGUCCAAGUUACAAAAAAAUCCUUAACAUAGAUCCAUUCAUGGCCUUAACCCAAUCAUUCGAAGUUGCUCAUAGAAAGCAAAACAAGAAGCAUAGAACUCUUCACCUAUAUGAAUACGCGUAUACCUUUAGAGAAAACCGUUUACUGGGACGUGCCGACAACGCCCUCCUGACGCACACAACAACAUUUGCAGGCCUUCUAACCGUGAUAUCAGCCAUUUGCGUAUGGACACCUGCAACUCGUAGCUAUGAUUGGAUCAAGACAACUUUUUACGCCAGCCUACUAUCCUUCGGCCAAUGGAGCGAUAGAAAGAUUCAUGAAAACUUUACGAUGACUAUCCUAUUCACAUACUGCAAUAUCAAAGAUCUCACUGAAAAAGAUGGAAAUUUGGUUCUAUGUGACGCAAAACGUGGUCUAACGACGUAUAUGACAACGCUUAUUCUUCACAAUGGUGGCAACGGAAUCAAUUACAAAGACGUAGUGAUUCUUGCUCUGAUGAUGUCCUCAGACCAGACAACAUUGAUACAAGAAACAAGUCAGAACAUCAUCUUUGUUUCUCCCUUCUUUCCUUCGUUAAAAAUUCCUUUUAAAAUAUCGUCAUCGCACUUUGGGAUUCCUACCUGUUAUCAAUAUACCAAGACAAUGGAGAACAAUGACAUGGAUCACAACUUGCAAGCAGACGGUAUAACAACACUACUCAAAAAAGAGGUUGGAACCCUUUCAGAGCGAGGAGAUGAAUUCUUGAUACUUUCAAAAGAUAUAUGGAAUUGUUUCCUACAACAUCGACAUAUAAAUGAUGAACGUGGGCGUUCUCCUGAAAACACUUUACCUCAAAUGUCUUCACCUCAACAGCAACAAUCUCAGGAUGUCAAUUCACAAGCACAAGAUUAUUCCAACUAUUCUGCACAACCUUCAUACAAUGUGACAAACAACAACAACCAUCAAGGAUACCCUCUGCACAUUACAGUACAUCUUCACCCAUUCAACCAGAAUCAAGCAACCCCACUAUCCGGAUAUGCCGUUCCUCCUGGUAAUCAAUCAUACAAUAAUCCUCCUCCUCCUCAACAAGCACAUGCUCAAAACUUUUUAGUUUGGAUUAGUAUUUAG